CAAUCAAAGAAAGCUGAAGUAAUGAACCAAUUUUAGAACCAUUCAAAUUAGUUGAUGAUUCACCAUUCAUUCAUGUUUGCAAACCAAUCUGUUUUUGCUUAUGGAGACACAAAAGUGACGUCAUUCAACUAUAAUUUCACCGUUUUAUACGUUAGAAGUUUUCAUCGAUUUUAUACGGCAGGGUAUCUGUUUUUAAUUCAAUUUUUUACUUUCAGUGUGCAAAACAUCCUGUUCAUGUUUCAGGUUUAGGAAGACACAUGUAGAAUAGGAUUAAUCCUGUAAAGAAAAUGUGAAUUAGCAGGUGAAAAUGGAUUGUGAUAGAAAAUGUUCAUGAAAUAUUAAUUUGAUAUAAACAUCUUCGGGUGACGCAAAGACGAUGUCAAUCGCCAUUUAGAUAGCGGGUGUGUAGGAAUGGUGAGCCAAGUCAGGAAGCAAAACAAGAAGAGCAUGUUUUCGAAUAGAAGAACAAUUUAGAUUCUUUGCCGAAGUCACAACUGCGACAGAAACGUAGCAGAUGAGUCAUUCAGGAAACUGAUUUCCUGGCUAAUGAAGAUCCGUGAAAAUCUGUCGAAGAGAUCAAAUUUUCAUUGUCUUUAGAUGCUGAGUGGCAAUCUAAAUAGCAGGAAAUAAAGGACUAAACGACGUUUUAAACGCGUAGACAGGAUUGGCCAGAAGUGCGAUUAGCAGCAAGAGGAGAUGUAAAGCUCUCUUUAAGAGAAAGUAAUACAUUGGUUCGUCAGGGGGAGAAACUAAAAAUUGCAAAAAUGGAAAAGUUGUAUAAAAAGAACGUCUGUUUUGUGCUGCUUUUAGCUCAACUGAUAGUCAAGAAGGCGCUUGCACAAAAUGUAUCUGCCUUAAACAAUGCUACAUUAAUUAAUACUACAAUUGAACAUCUUGCAGUUUCACCAUCUACCUUUACAGUAAGUUCGAUUUUAUAUGAACCUACGAUUGAUGGGAGUGCAAGCAGUCAUAGUCAGAUGUUUGGGUUGUCCACCCAUGCAGUAGUGCUAUCCAACCGUUCUUCAUCAGUUCUGAUGAGUACCAGCGGAACAUUCACUGCAAACAUUGUUACAACCCCUUCUCAAAACAUUUAUUUGAAAACAGAUGGUUCACUUCAGGGAAACACGGUUUCCUUCCUUCAGACAAGCAGCUUGCACCUUAUACACCAAGAAGCCCAGUCAACCAUAAGUUCAAAAAAUGUCUCUGCUGAAUCAAGCACAGUUGGGCCACAGGCUGCUAGUUCAAAGCAAGAUACCUUGAGUAAAAUUGCGUUGACUACACAUGAAGUACAUUUACAAACAUUUGCAACUUCAACAGUUGCCUUUUCCUCCGUCAAUACGGAGACAUUACAAACAUUGAAUGCUACCCCACAACCAAGUACAAGUAACUUUAUUUUUACUGCUUCCACUGUGACACUUCAGUCAACACAUUUAGCAAAGCAGAGGUCGCUAUCAAGUAUGGCUAUGUCAGGAAAAAUCAGUUCAAGCUUUAUACAUGAAAGUACAUGGACACUACCCAAAGCAUUGACAUCAAGAAUCAGGGCAACAAUAUCUACCUCUAUGCAAGCUUCGUCAUCUGUAACAGCACCUGUAACAACAUCGAGUCCAUUCAACCGCGAUCAAUUUUUAAUCUUUCACUUAACCAGCCUGCUAGCAAACAGGACAUUCGAUGUGGCUUUGAUGAAUCAUACAACGGAGAAAUUCACCAAUUUGUCAUACUUUGUUCGCAAUGAGUUACGCAGGAUAUUGAAUGCAUCUGAGAAUGUUGCUGUGCCGAACUUUUCAAAUAACAGCAAUAUUGUGCAGCUUGAAGUAGAGAUCUUCUUUAGAAACACAGUAAACGUUAAUGCUUCGAGCUUGACGAAUGUAUUGUCCAAGAGCGCCGCCUUCGUUAGAUCUUCAGUGAAAGAGCUUUGUUCUAAUAUAAGCUGCAGCAGACAAGGUGAAUGUCACGAAGGAUUGGCUGACGUCACAUGCUCUUGCAGCCUUGGGUUCACUGGGCACCGCUGCCUGAGAAGUUAUCCUGUUGAUGGCAAUUACACUUAUUGGUCAAACUAUGGUAGCUGCUCCAAGUCUUGUGGAGGUGGGGUCCAACAACGGACAAGAACGUGCACAAACCCUUCUCCAAUGCAUGGAGGGAGGAACUGUUCAAUCGUUGGAGCCAGAACUCAAACAAGACAUUGCAAUGAAAAAAGCUGUGAUGAAGUUGAGUGGGUGAUCUGGAUCAUAGUUGGUGCUGCUGGAUUCAUUUUGGUGUUGGUAUUCAUACUGGCUUGCUGCUUUAGAUGCAAAAAGAAGUAUUAUUACCAAGACUAUGGAUUGACCAAGGACGGAAGAAGUUACAAUUUGACAAAGGCGGCCUAUGUAAACCAGGCAUACAAAGAAAACCUUGCAGAUUAUCAAAGCAACGAGAACACUGUACCCCUUGAGGUAAUAAAAGAGGAUCCGUUUAAAAAUGGUUACACUAAUCCAAAGUUUGCCACUGAAGAGGGAGCUCAAAACCCUUCGCAGACCAUAUACGAACAAGAGCUAAAGACAUUUCUAAGCAAUACUCACAAUGUCAGAGCAAAGGUGCCGGAAGAUUCAGGAGAGUACCUUGAGCCUGAACGUAGCUUUAAACCAGCAACGAAGAAGCAAGGCCAGGAGGGAAAACAUAAUACGCAUGUUGUAUAUGAAAAUACUCCAGAACGGCUUCUCUAAUUCAUCGUGAAUGGUGUUUUAUCAAAAACUGGUUACUUUCUAUGACAGUGUAAAUCAUUUGAUUGCAAUACAUGUUGCUAUCUUUGAAGGAAAAUUGGUUCCAUUCUUGGGGACACUUGUGCAUCAGCUCUCUCUCUCCACUGUGCCUUGGCAAUUUUUGUAUCAAUUCUCAAAAUGUUAGUGCUACUUGCAGAUUUCAUUUCAUCUGCAAGUCCAUUCCACAGCCUAGGUCUUAAAUUUUUCAAGCACUGGUUUAGCAAAUUAUCAUAUUAUUUUAUCUGAGGAAAUUCUCGGGUAAAGCUGUUUUAGAAAAUAAUUUCAUUUGAAGAGUAAGUUGAGGAUUUCGAUUCUCUAAUAUUGUGUAGAUUUUUUUGCAUUAAGUGCACUAAGCCAUUGCUAGCACACAGUUGAUAAUCUUUGUUUUUCGUUUCAUCUUGUUUUUUAUAAAUUUUCGAUCAUUGAAUGAUUGAGUUUCAAGUCAAA